AUGUUCUCAGGCAGUCGAUACUGCUUGUCGAGGAAAGCAAGCAUACCCGUUGCCGAGAAUAUCAGCGCAGCCUUGAAGAAUGAACCGCUCCUCUUCCUCUAUCCACCGGCCUUUGCUGCCGCGAUUGACAACUCCAUCGGGCUCACGAAGGCGCGAUCUGCUUCAGAUACUAAAAAACCGGCAAAGGAACGAAUAAACCGCGAGCCGGACGAUGCGCAGGGCCGACAGGGGAGGAUUCCACUACGUCCUAGUUCCGAGGUACCAGCUCGUCAGAAGACUCAACCAAAGAGUCAACACAAGGAGAACAGCAGCCACGACAAUAUACUACCCAUAAAUAACACUGAAAGUACCACCCCUCUCGAUACCGUUCCAGCUCCGCCGAUUGUUGAAUAUGCCCGUGAUGACAAGCCGAGCAAAAGCAAGGGCGGCAGCAGCAGCAGCUAUUCCCUACCAAAUCGAUCUAAAUAUGCACUACCAGGACUGCUCGCUGAACUCGAGGAUUUGAAGACGAAGCAGGAAGUUCAACCCUCGAGCCAUGAACACCAUGAUGCGGACCAGUUAGGACUCAGAGAGGCACCGGUACGGAACAAAAGUCGUCUGGGAGGUUGGAUAAGGAAACCAGCGCGUGCUGUUCCCUUACGAUAUACCAAGUCCAUGGCCGAUUUUGACAGGCAAAACGCUUCACGGAAUCCCUACGGAGUGGCACCUCCGCGCACUCCACUACGAUAUGUCCGUCAUGGCUACAAUAAUGCAAUCAGUCACCGUGUAUAUCAACAUAAAUCUCUUGAGGACCAGCGGAGUGAUGCACAGCGUCAAGCCAGCAUAUGCCUUCAGAUUGUGGAAGGGUUCAAAAGCCUCAUCAAUACCAAGCCGGAUCUUCCAGCCGAUGAAUUUCAAAAAACAAUUACGCUGAGUGAAGCUGAAGUGGUUGCUCUGGUCGGAGACGAGCGAGAGAAUAUGUGGGUUAUACCCUUACUAAGUGGAUGUCGUGCACACGUUCUUCCGCACACGAACGAGUCACUCGGGCUUCGUCGGUUGGUGUUAAGCGGAACACAAGCGGCUGUUCAAGCUGGAGAAAGACACAUAGAAGAGCUUAUCCAAAGCCUUCCUAAGAAUGACCUCCCUCCUUUCAUUCCACUCCUGAAGGAUUCUUCGCAGAAACCCUUGAUAAGAUCGGUAUGGGUAUCACUUCCGCCGGAACCACUUGUACCUGGCAAAAAUGAGAUAAAAGCCCCGGAGAAGUUCACCAUCAAGACCUUUGCGGAUUACAUUGAGGAUUUGGUUCUAGUACCAGUUACACGAUUGGUCCAUGGGAAACUGCAUAAUGCACUUGGAGUUUCCCAUAAGGAUGCGAUUGGGGACAUGAUCCGCCGUCUUAUGCUCGAUCCAGAGAACAGACAAUACUUCUCGUCCCGCUCUAUAUGUCUGGCCAUAUCCUACUUUGCGUCCAACCACGCACGCUCGUCACUUCAUUCUCUACUUCCCGCUUUUGAAGGCCGUAUGACGUCGCGGACCAUAAAUGCACUCCUGCGAGCAGCUGUGCUUCGUCGGGACUUUGUGUCUCUAAAAUGGUGUAUCAAUGCUAUGAAACGCCAGGGGAUCUACCCUCGGAAUUGGGCCUGGGUAUCUGUACUCUCCUCGAUAAACCCCCACGCCCAUCGCUUUGACCUUCUGGUCCGGGCUAAAAACUCUGGGGUUUUUGAUGAUGCACAUGUGUUCCAGGUUGCAGUAUCUAUAUCCAUCCAGCCAAGGUUUGGAAAAUGGCUAAAGGACGGUGGUACCGUAUCUGAUUUCAUGAAACACAUGGAUCAGACUCUCGGCCAGAGCUGGAUGAGCGUUCGUACCAUUAACAGGAUGAUCCUUGAAGGUUCUCUGUGCAGCAAACCGAACGUCAUAUCGGAACUUCUCGAGUACUGCGAACGAUCCUCGCUAAGUCUAGAUACAACCAGCUUGAACAACGCACUGUUUUACUUCCUUCACCAGCAAGACAAGAUGAACAAGGCGUUUGUGGCUUUAUACCUGAAGGUUACGAAAACCUUCGGCAUCAAGAGCGACGAUCAGACGAUGGACAUACUCUGGCACCUUGCCUGGAGAGCAAGGGCGUAUAACAUCUGCCGUGUUCUUUGGCGACAUGGCUGCCUCAAUGGCUGGACCACACAGAAAAUGCAGGUUAGCAUAUACUCAUCGCUCCGCCGAGAAGUCCAUGGCCCUUCCCUACCAGAGCGUGAGUUAUGGCUUCAGAAGAUCGGCAAGGUAGUUGCUGGCGUUAUUCCGUUUGAAAAGCUGGAUGCAGAUGCCAGUCAAGAUUUUAACAAACUGGUUCUCGGGAUUUGUGAAUCGCCGUCCGACAUUCCUCCCGAGUGGCGGAAAGAAUUGGCAAAGAAAUUGGUGGACAGUGAUCUCGGCGCUUCAGAUAAAGGGUACAAGUAUAGGGAGCCCCUUAGCCAGGCCCUUGAAAGAGCCUACGUUUUGGAUGAAGAAUGGGGUGCAUGUCAUGACAAGCCAGUUGACUGGCUACGGAAGAACAGUGUGGCGGUUGACAUAGUCAAAAAUGUCAGGCCGCCUCGGCCUCGAGCUUUGAAGCCAUCAGAUAAACGCGAGCCUCUCGCUCUGACUGGUUGA